AUGUUAGAGGGACGUGUACGUGCUGUGCGACCUUAUGGGGACAAACUUGUUGAAGCCCUCCACUCGAUUGGCGACAAUCCUCUGAACGUUGAAGAUUUACUACAGACUGUGCUGCAGCAGACAGGUGGUGAUACCGCUGCCUCUGCGGCACUCCGUCUGGAAUCUGAAAAUGAAGGCGUCGAGGGUAUGCUUCUUUCUCCCGGCGCCGGUCCAGCGAAUAUUGGCAACGCAACUCAUGCCGGCAACGUAUCACGAAGACCUCGUCAGCGUCCUCGAGCAGGACCUGGAGCACGAGGAAAGGGUAAACCAGAGGAAAACUCCGAAGAAAUGCAGCGUCAAAUCAACGAGAUUGUUCAAGCUGCGCUAAAAGUCGACAGCGCAGCUAAAGAGAAGGAAAGGCGUUCCAGAGGAGCUGAACGUCCAGCACGUAGGUCAGGCGCUAUGAGUGGGAGCAUAGACUCAGUAACUUUACAACGCUCCACUCCAUUGCUAUAUACCCCCCCGCCGAGAUGA